AUGAGUUCGUGUCAGGAUCCUCUUACAGAAAGCCCUAGCGCGAGAAAGGAACUUGAUCCCCCCUCCGAUGAUCAACUGGAAUUGAGCAAGAACAAGACGAAUGUGUCUCGCUUAUGUUCGUUACCAGAUGAUGUAGCUAUGAGCUGCAUGGCUCAUGUGUCGAGGUUGGACCUCGCUGCCUUAGCUAUCGCCUCAAAGCCACAUCGGUCUCUAAUAGUGUCCCCUGAGUUCGGCAACUUGAGAUGGAAGAUGGGUAGCGUCGAGCCAAAUAUAUACUUAUUAUUGCACUUCUUUCCAGAUCCAAGCCCUCACUGGUUCAUCCUCCACCCCACGAAACGUCGACUGAAACGUCUUUAUAUGAACUUGUAUCCAACUCCUGUAUCAGGAUCUUCUUUCGUGGAGACGCAAAACGGCUUCUUAGUUAUCGGUGGACUCAUGAACGGCAAACCCACUUCGGAUGUAACGUUUUUCUGUUGUGCCGACCACACAGUGUACCCCGUUCAGCCCAUGAAGAUGGCUCGAUGCGGAGCAUCGGCAAGCUUGAUAGACAGGAAGGUAUACGUGUUUGGAGGGUGCUGGGAUGUCGCUGAUUCAUUAAACUGGGCAGAGGUGUUCGAUCUCAGGACCUCAACUUGGGAGUUCUUGUUUGUGUCUACGCCCAAGAUGCCCUUCGAGAUCCGACAAAGUGUGGUGAUAGACGAGAAGGAGGUUUACGCGGUGGAUAAAGAUGGUCAAGACUUCUCAUUCUCACCAAGUAAUAAACCUAUGUUUGUGGAAAACGGUAAAACAGAUUCUAAGCCAGGAUACAGAAACGAUUGGUGUUUGAUUGGGAAUGUCUUGUUCUGCCACGGUACUGGUGGGAAAAUAUUGUGGUGUUUGCCAAAAGAGUUCGAUUGGAAGGAAGUCAAGGGUUUGGAAAAGCUGCAAUAUUAUAUCCCUUGGGGUUAUGAUAUCAGCAAACUAUGCAUCAACUCUGCCGAGAAUAAGAUUGUCAUUUUCUGGAAAGCUCGGCCUCAAGGUCCUGAGAUUAUGGAGCUUCGGUCUGCCGAGAUUUCCGUGGGGGAACGCCGAGGACCCGAGGAAUGGGAGGUUUGGGGGAAGAUUGAGUGGAUUGGUGCUGUACUCUCAGAGUCAUGUGUCGGCCUUAAAUUGUUAUAUGCUGGUCCAGCCUAUGCCUGA